CAAGGAUAAACAAAGAGAGGUCCCAAGAGAAGCACGCCCAUCUCCUCGAAGACUCCUUAAGAGUCCCAAAGAAAAGAAAGAAAGAAAGAAAGAGGCAUGGCCAUGGCAUCAAAUGUUACAAAUGUUUUUGAGCAAGGGAAUUACAAUACAAAACUCAUAAGCAUUAAUGAUCCAUCAACAACCACUUCAUUCUCAAUUCCACCACCAAAACCCCUUCUCAUAGCCACUCCAAUUCAAGAGGGACAAUUUCCAAUCCUCAUUCUCCUUCAUGGCUAUCUCCUCUACAACAACUUCUACUCUCAACUCAUCCUCCACAUCGCCUCUCAUGGAUAUAUCGUCCUAGCUCCUCAGUUAUAUACAGUAGCAGGACCUGACUCAUCAGAAGAAAUAAGAUCAGCAGCAGCGCUAACAGAUUGGAUAUCAACCGGACUAGCAGCUAUUCUCCCAAAACAAGUUCUCCUAAACACGGAAAAGAUAGCGAUCUCCGGCCACAGUCGAGGCGGUAAGGUAGCCUUUGCUCUCGCUCUCGGCCAUGCAAAGACGAUGAAGCUGAGCUUCUCGGCAUUAAUGGCUAUUGAUCCAGUUGAUGGCAUGGAUAAAGGGAAGCAAACAAAUCCUUCAAUUCUCACUUAUGUGCCUCACUCUUUUGAUCUUAAGAUUGCAGCAAUGGUGAUUGGUUCUGGACUUGGAGGAGUUAAAAAGAACCCUAUUUUUCCAGCUUGUGCUCCAAAAGGAGUGAGUCAUGAGGAUUUUUAUAGUGAGUGUUGUGCUCCUGCAUGGCAUUUUGUUGCUAAAGAUUAUGGCCAUGUGGACAUGUUGGAUGAUGAGACUGAGGGGUUUAGAGGGAAGGCUAGUUAUUGUUUGUGCAAGAGUGGGAAAGAAAGGAAGGGUAUGAGGAGGUUUGUGGGUGGAAUAAUGGUUGCAUUCAUGAAAGCUUAUUUGGAAGGGCAUGAUGAGGAUCUUAAGGCCAUUUGGACUGAUCCUAAGAUUGCAAAUAUUGAUAUCUCUUGUAACUGUUUUCUUUGAGUUGAUUAUGUAUACGUAUUUGUGUUUAAUUUAAAUAAGAAAUAAGAAUCACAUAUUUGAGGCCAAAAGGAUGUUCAUCUUUAAUU